UUUUAAUCCUGAGAGCUCACCCAACGACUGAUUGUUUCAUUCUUGCUUCAAUUGCUAGGCUGGGAGGAGCUUCACCGGCCUCCCACAAUUUUAAGAUACCCCUUAUUAUAAUUUACAGAUUUUCCAACCCUAAUCGUUUAUCUUAUAAUUAGUUCCUACUGUAUACAUAUAAUUCUUACAUUAGCCUCUUGCUAUAUAAAAUUUGGCAUUAUUUUACAUACUUUAUUUAUGCAAAACUUUAAUAUUAAAUUAUCCUUCAGCUCAAAAAAAGGAGAAAAACUUUUUCCUUUACUCUCUUUAUUAAAGAUUUGUUUGUCUGUUUGGUGCAAAUUUAGAAAAAUUUUUAUUUUUUAUUUAAAUUUACGGCCAAAUCGAAUUUGCCUUUUCUAUGCACUGCUCUUUUUUAGAGCAAACGAAGCGGAACUUUGUCAUUGGCAAAAUGACGAUGGAAUUUUUUAGUAGGGAAUUGAAAAGUAAAAAAAGAGGAGAGUGAGAUUUUUUGAAUAUUAAGGGGGGAUAUUCGAGAAAUUUUAAAAAUUAAAAUGAGUAUAAUUAAAACUCGCUGGAUAUAUCAAAAGUCGCAAAAUAAAAAGAGAGCUGUAGCAAUGAUAGUUCGGUUUGAGAAAAAGUCGGGCAGAAUUUCGUGUUGAAAUAAGUUAAGGUUUCGAUAUCCUUGGGCCCAUCCUCGCUUUUUACAGCAAUAGGCCAGUCUACCAUAAACCAAUUUUCGAGUCGAUUGGUACCAUUAAACUUAGCUAACGAGAUAUAUACUCUAUUAGAUUCUAACUUCCCUAACCUUCAGAUGAAUUUUCAAAGAAAAAAGUCGGGCAGCGAUAGAUCGAGGUUACCUCCACCAGAAAUAGUCAAAAACGAGAGGUACAGUUAUGGAGUAGAUUGGUGGGGAUUGGGCUGUCUAAUCUACGAAAUGAUUGAAGGAAAAGCUCCAUUUCGACAACGCAAAGAAAAAGUUAAGCGUGAAGAGGUUGAAAGAAGAGUUCGUGAAGAUACAGAAAAAUAUGGGGAAAAAUUUACUGACGCGGCUAGAACUUUGUGUAGAGGAUUGCUGCAUAAAGAGCCAACACUUAGAUUGGGAUGUAGACGUGUUGGAAGGCCUGAGGAUGGAGCUGAGGAAUUAAAAGCUCAUCCUUUCUUUACCCAAGCAGAUGCAAGGACGGGGAGAGAACCUGUGCCUUGGAAGAAAAUGGAGGCUGGAAAGCUUGCCCCUCCAUUUUGUCCUGACCCUCAUUCUGUUUAUGCCAAAGAUGUAUUGGAUAUUGAACAGUUCAGCACAGUAAAAGGAGUGAGGUUGGACGACGGUGACAAAGAUUUCUACAAAAAAUUCAACACUGGUUCCGUCUCAAUUCCUUGGCAAAAUGAAAUGAUCGAAACAGAAUGUUUUAGAGAGCUUAAUCAUUUUUAUAUUAAUGGAGUUAUUGUUUCUGACUUGAGAAAAGAUGCAGGAACGGCUAAUAAUGCUCAUUUAAAUUCUCAACAUCAUUCAAAGAUGGGGGAAUUUUUUUCGAGACUUUUUAGGAGAAAGAAUAUUGAGAAUCGCUCUAAUACAGAAGUUGAUUUAAAUGGAACAAAUAAAAAUACCUCAGAAAGUAGUGAUUGCCAACAAUGUAAAGCCAAACACAGCAAAUGUAAAUGCGACCUUUCUGGGCAGGAAAUUAUUGAGGGAGCUAAUCAUGAUGAUGAUCCUCAUCGUAAAAAGAGUGGAACUACCUCCUCAGAUGAAAACACGACUGCUCUCAAACCAGACGAUAAAGUGCGUAACGGCCCUAGAGCCUCAAUGGCAGCUGCUGCCUGCAUCGAUGGAUCAGCGGCAACAGAAUUAACCGCAGAAGAUGCCCCUCUACAUCGUCGACAAACAGCAAAAGCAGAAUCAGCAAUACAACAACACCAACAACAAUUAAAACAAUUAAUUGAAGAACAACGUAAAACAUCAAAAAUAGACGAAGUUGAAGCUAAUUAA